AUAUUUUCAUUGUGAACAAACAAACUAAAGCUUUCCACCAAAACCAUACUAAAAUCUCCCCUCAAAAAAAAGAAAAACCAUACUAAAAUCUUAGGGACUUAGGUUUAAGCAGGGUUUUGGCGGCUAUCCGUCUUAACGCCGGCCUUUUUUCUUCACCUCAUCUCUCUUCUUCACACCAGUUACACCUGCAUUACCUCUGGUUUUUCUUACUUCAAUCACAACAAACAAGUUUUACCUUUUUAUUUUUUUUUUCCUGGGGUGUUAUAUCUACAACUUCUGCUGGAUCUUUGAAACCAUCUAUGAUGUGGAGAAAAGUCUCAAAAUUUGAGAUUUUGAGGAAGAUUAAAACCUCAGUAGAGCUAAAACCCUCCUCUUAUUUCACAAGAUGGAAUGAAUUAUCACAAGAUUCAACCAAAAUUAGGGAUUUUUUAGUGCAAAAUAAUGUAAAACCCAGGUUUCCAUUGGUGGGUUUUGGGCGAAUUGGAGAGUUAUCAUCUCAAAAGAGUGAAAUGGGAAGUUCUAAUUUUAUGUUUUCUGCAAACCCUUUUGGUAGUUGUGGGUUUUGUAAUCAAUCUAUGUGUUACUAUGGAACUGCUGCAGAAGCUAUAGCUACUGCAUCCUCUGAGGAAGAUGAUGAAGUUCGUGAAUUGGUUGAGGAAAUCAACAAAUUGGAGAGAGAAAAGUCCCAAACUGUAAGGCGAAAGGAGCCGCCGAGCAAUUUGAUUGCUGGGAUGCUGCCAGGGAGGUACAAUACUCUUAGGAAGAGGCAGAUUAAGAUAGAGACUGAAGCUUGGAACGAGGCGGCGAAAGAGUAUCAGGAGUUGUUAUCUGAUAUGUGUGAGCAAAAGCUUGCCCCUAAUUUGCCAUAUAUGAAGUCAUUGUUCUUGGGUUGGUUUGAGCCUUUGAAGGAUGCAAUUAAGGCUGAACAGGAUUUGACUAAGUCAGGUAAGAAUAAGGCGGUUUAUGCUCCGUGUUUCGAUCAAUUGCCUGCGGAUAUGAUGGCUGUUAUCGUGAUGCAUAAGUUGAUGGCUCUGUUGAUGACUGGUAGUGGAAAUGGUAGUGCCACUGUGGUCCAAGCCGCGUCUCAAAUUGGUGAAGCUAUUGAACAGGAGGCUAAAAUUCGAAGAUUCUUGGAAAAAUCAAAGAGAAAACCUUUAAAUAGCAACAGCGAUGAGGAUGAUGCAGCAAAAGCUCAAAAGAGGCUUGCAAAGAAGGUGACAAGUUUGAUAAAGAAGCAAAAAGGUCAGCAAGUUCGGGAAAUAGUGAAGGGACAAGAUGAUUCCAAACCUUGGGGUCAGGACAACCAAGUAAAGGUUGGCUGCAGAUUGAUUCAACUACUGACAGAAACAGCGUAUAUACAACCUCCAGUUGAUCAAUUAGCAGAUGGUCCACCUGACAUUCGUCCUGCAUUCAUCCACACCCAACAAACUGUUUGUAAAGACUCACAAAAAGGAAUCCGCAGGAGAUAUGGAGUUAUAAAAUGUGAUCCUUUGGUGCGCAAGGGUUUAGAAAAGACUGCCAGGCAUAUGGUGAUUCCUUACAUGCCAAUGUUGGUUCCUCCAUUGAACUGGGAAGGGUAUAACAAAGGAGCACAUCUGUUUCUUCCAUCUUAUAUCAUGCGAACUCAUGGAGCCAAGCAGCAAAGAGAAGCCCUUAGAAGGGCUGGAAAGGACAAUUUAAGUACCGUUUUUGAGGCUCUUGAUACACUUGGUAACACCAAAUGGAGGGUCAACAAAAAAGUGCUUAGUAUCAUAGACAGGAUAUGGGCUACUGGAGGCCGCCUUGCUGACUUAGUUGACCGUGAAGAUGUUCCUUUUCCAGAGGAACCAGAUACAGAUGAUGCAGCAGAAAUUAAGAAAUGGAAGUGGAAGAUUAAAGCUGUCAAGAAAGAUAAUGCAGAAAGACACUCACAACGUUGUGAUACAGAACUUAAGCUAGCUGUGGCCAGAAAGAUGAAGGAUGAGGAGGGAUUCUACUAUCCACACAACCUGGAUUUCCGUGGUCGUGCAUACCCCAUGCACUCUCAUUUGAAUCAUCUUGGUUCUGAUUUAUGUCGGGGAAUCCUAGAGUUCGCAGAGGGGCGUCCUCUUGGAAAGACAGGACUUUGCUGGCUCAAAAUUCAUCUGGCAAAUUUAUAUGCUGGUGGUGUUGAUAAAUUGUCCUAUGAGGGUCGGAUAGCAUUUUCGGAGGAUCGUCUAGAUGAUAUAUUUGAUUCCGCAGAUAGGCCUUUGGAAGGAAGACGCUGGUGGUUGAGUGCAGAAGACCCUUUUCAGUGCCUAGCUGCGUGCAUAAAUCUUACUGAAGCAUUAAGAAGCUCGUCUCCAGAGGAAUAUUUAUCACAUAUUCCUAUUCAUCAGGAUGGUUCUUGUAAUGGUUUACAACACUACGCUGCCCUUGGAAGAGACAAGCUGGGAGCAGAGGCUGUGAAUCUUGUCGCAGGGAAUAAACCAGCUGAUGUUUACUCUGGGAUUGCUACGAGAGUUCUUGAAAUAAUGCGUAUUGAUGCUCAGAAAGAUCCUUCAACUGAACCUAAUGCACUCCGUGCAAAGAUUUUGUUAGAUCAGGUGGACAGGAAGCUGGUCAAGCAAACUGUAAUGACUUCGGUGUAUGGUGUCACUUACAUUGGUGCUCGUGAUCAAAUUAAAAGGAGGCUGAAAGAACGUGAUGCCAUUGCAGAUGACAAUGAGUUGUUUGCUGCAGCAUGUUAUGCUGCUAAAACUACCAUGACUGCACUGGAAGAGAUGUUUGAAGCAGCAAGAGGCAUAAUGGGUUGGCUUGGUGACUGUGCAAAGAUCAUAGCAUCUGAAAACCAGCCUGUGCAAUGGACAACACCCCUUGGACUCCCUGUUGUUCAACCUUAUCGCAAUCAGGGAAGACGCCUUAUCAAGACCUCUCUUCAGGUUCUGACCCUUCGCAGUGAAACUGAUAAGAUCAUGGUUAAGCGUCAGAGAACAGCAUUUCCUCCAAAUUUUGUUCACUCUCUUGAUGGCUCCCACAUGAUGAUGACUGCCAUUGCUUGCAAACAGGCUGGCUUGAAUUUUGCAGGAGUUCAUGAUUCAUACUGGACACAUGCAUGUAAUGUUGAUGAAAUGAACCGGAUAUUGAGGGAGAAGUUUGUUGAACUGUAUGAACAACCUAUACUCGAAAAUUUGUUGAAAAGCUUUCAAGAUUCUUUCCCGGCGCUGGAAUUUCCUCCUCUUCCUGAACGUGGAGAUUUCGACUUACGAGAGGUUUUGGAGUCUCCUUACUUCUUCAAUUAGUCUGGCGACAGGAAUUCCUGAUUGAUUUAUAGUAUUAUAUAGCCUUCACCUGAUCAUACACGACACGAACAACAUGAAUAAAUAGAAUCUCUCGGUAUUCAUGGUUUGUUAAAGGAGGAGAUGAUUGGAUUCACACCCUACCAAAACAGAAACGGAGCUGGCAAACAGGUUGAGUCUUUGGAUGGUGUCAAUCUCACCUCCAAAAUUCCCAAAAGCCACGCCUUAUUUAGUCAGGCACAUUAUGGGAAUGGCCAUCGAGGUUGGUCACACUUUUUAGCAAUUGAUUACUAAGCGAGCAAUCGUCUCAUGAAAAAAUUUCUCUUUGAUCCAAGCUGCUCCCUAUAUGAAUUAUUGGCUGGAAACCUGCUUCAUCAAAAUAUAAGUGAGAGAGAGAGAGCUCCUCAGCGGGAGAAUGGGAAGAGUUCUUGAAUCUUGAUGGCAGUUGCACUAACCAGAUCUAGAGCAGCUGUUUUAGCAUCAGCAUGCGCAGCGACAAGAUGACGAUGUUGAAAAUUCAUCUUCAGGUGGGGAUUUUUUUUUUUAUACUGAUUACUUAUUUAUCGGAGAGUAUCCAGAAUAAAAAGCGAGCAACUCCAUGGAUGGAUUGCUGCUCGCAUAGAGUUAUAUACGCCUAACUACAUAGUGCCGUCUGAUGUACAUGUGUUGUAGAAACAAAAAGUUUCCGAUACAGAAGUCGAGUGUUUUAGGAUGUUGAGUUCUCUCAAUGUUAAUCAAUUUUGUUUCGAUCCAUGUAUUGUGAUAUUACUUGUACAGUGUAAGAACAAAUAAAUCAAUUGGUUGCUGACUUGUUAUUGAAGCUAAAACAAAUCAAAUGACUUCAAGACAUUAUUACCUUGUA